CUGCUUAUCAAUACGCAUAGAAGCGGCAACAGCGCGGCACUCGUCGCUCGCGCUGCGGUGUGUGCCUCUAUACUUAGCGUAACUGCGACCGAAAUGACCUCACAUAAAAUCGACGAAUUGAUUCUGACAGUUUGUUUUGGACAUUAACGGCAGUGUUUAGUGGUGAUUAAGUGCGCGAAUGGUGGCGUAAGUGCAACGACUCAUGUCAUGGACAAUAACUAAGGGGAUGGCGGAUGGUGAGCAGGCGGAACGCGAGCUCGAGCAACAGAUCCUGCAGAUCAAGAAGCAGCACCAGCUCCAGCACCAGAUCCUGCUGCAACACUUCCACCAGCAACAGCAGCACCUGGCCGAGCAGCACGAGCAACAGCUCAGGCAACACUUGAAGGAGUUCUGGGACAGGCAGAAACAGUUGCAGGAGGUGAGGCAGAGGGAACAGCUCGAGGCGCUCAGGAAGAAGGAGAAGCAUGAGGAGAGCGCGGUGGCCUCCACGGAAGUUAAGCAGAAGCUGCAGGACUUCCUGCGGCAGAGGAGGUCGGGCAAUUCGAAGAUAGCCCGUCCGGAGAACUCUUGCUGGUCUGAAGGAAUGGACACAGCAUCAGAUUCUUCAACUACAACGAAUAAUGAUUUUCCAUUAAGAAAAACAGCAUCCGAGCCUAACUUGCUGAAGGUCCGCCUGAAGCAGCGCGUCAUGGAACGGCGCAGUAGUCCAAUGAGUAAAAGACUUCCUCCUUCGCUCAAAAAGAAGUUGCUAAGCUCCUGUCUGCCCCCCAGCGAGUCACCGCCACAAGAACCACCAAAGGAACUGAGCCCGCCUUGCGAGGCCGAGGAGUACCAGCGCCACCCUCUGUUCAGCAGCCCCUCCAUGCCCAACAUCUCCCUGGCCGCCCACCACGUGCUCAGCCCCACCGACCUGUCGGAGGCGGCGGUGCGUGCGGCGUGCACCGCGCGCCUCGGCAUGCCGCUCACGGGGCAGAUGCUGCCCGGCACGCUGCCAUUCUACCCCUCCUUGCCGGCGAUCGAGAGUAGCGAGCACGAGGAGACGCCGCUGGAUACCAUCAGCGAGUUGCAGGAACCUCAAGUCAGGGGUGUAAUAAGACCACUGGGCAGGACCCAGUCGUCUCCAUUGCCAUUGGGCCAUCCGUUAUUGAGGAGUCCGUUGCCUCCUGAACCUGAACCACCUCAACCAAUGCCAGAAGAACUAGAACAAAGGGACAUGGAGAUCAGAACAAAUGAUUCUAGAAGCAUCCGGCCGUUAUCUCGCGCCGUCAGCUCCCCAGUCGUCCACCUCGGCCCCCCGGACGGCAUCCCCGCAUUGGCCAUCAGGCGGCGGGCCUCCUCCACCCCCACCACCGGCCUGGCCUACGACAGCCAGAUGCUGAAGCACAGCUGCGCGUGCGGCAACAACGCCGUCCACCCCGAGCACGCGGGCCGCCUGCAGAGCAUCUGGUCCCGGCUGCUGGAGACGGGGUUGGUGGCCAAGUGCGACCGGCUGAGGCCGCGCAAGGCCACCACGCAGGAGCUGCAGACAUGUCACUCGGAGACGCACGCGCUGUUGUUCGGUACCAGCUCGCUAAGCAGGCACAAAGUCGACGUGAGCAAACUGAGCACCCUCCCAGUGAACGCGUUCGUGCGCCUCAACUGCGGCGGCAUCGGCGUAGACACCGACACCACCUGGAACGAGCACUACACCGCCCCAGCAGCCCGCAUGGCCGUCGGCUGCACCGUCGAUCUGGCGGUGCGCACCUGGACCGGCGACAUCCGCAACGGCUUUGCCAUAGUCCGACCACCCGGCCACCACGCCGAACCCCAACAAGCCAUGGGCUUCUGCUUCUUCAACUCCGUUGCCAUCGCGGCGAGAGUACUCCAAAAAGACCACAGGGUUCCCAAGAUACUCAUCUUCGAUUGGGACGUGCACCAUGGAAACGGAACGCAAGACAUAUUCUACGAUGAUCCUAGAGUUUUAGUUAUUUCAAUGCAUCGACAUGACGAUGGGAACUUCUUUCCUGGUACUGGAGCUCCUACGGAAUGUGGAACUGGAGCUGGGCUGGGAUAUAACGUCAAUAUAGCUUGGUCAGGUGGUUUAAACCCACCUCUAGGAGACGCGGAGUACAUGGCAGCGUUCCGCAGCAUCGUCAUGCCCAUAGCGAGAGAGUUUGAUCCUGAUAUAGUCCUGGUGUCAGCUGGUUUUGACGCUACUGAAGGACACUUACCUCCCUUAGGCGGUUACAGAGUCUCACCUGCCUGUUUCGGACACAUGAUAGCUCAAUUGAUGCACCUAGCUCGCGGACGAAUAGUCCUAGCUCUCGAAGGAGGCUACGAUCUACCUUCCAUCUGCGAUUCUGCCGAAGAAUGCGUUAGAGUUCUCCUAGGUGACAAUCCCUCUCCUAUAUCACCUUUAGAACUAGCUAGAGCCCCUUGCGCUAACGCCGCUAUAGCUUUGCAGAAGGUGUUUGCUACUCAAAGUGCUCACUGGCCUUGUCUCAGGGAAGCCUCGAAGACGGCUCUGUGCUCCUUCACGGAUGCUAUGAGGACGGAGAAGGUUGAUAAGGAAACAGUAACGGCCAUGGCGAGCUUGUCCAUGCAGCACCAGCAGCACAUCCCCAUGGUGACGUCGCCCAUAGCCUCGUCACCGUCUGCGUUUCACCCCGCCAGUCCCCAGGAUGCCGGCCGUUCCCCAGCCUGAAAGCAGGUGGCAGCAUCGUCGUCGUCGUUUUUGGCUUUCCCCGGCAACACAACAUUCCGGCAGUCGCUCGAGAAGCAGUGACCGCCAGUUUUUAACGUUUAAGAAGAACAAAUUGAUCGUGUGUUUUAUUUUUGUUAAUAUAUUCAAAGUUUUUAAUAAAACAUUUA